CCUUUUCUUCUGUGUUCUGCAUUUUUGGCCUAAUGCAUGCUUUUGCCAACCCAUGUGGGAUAUCCAGUGAUGAUGUGACCCCUCCAGCCAUUCUACACACACACACACACUACCCUCAAUUCUGUCACCCAGCCCAGCUUUCUGUAAAUUUUGCCCAAAUCCCAUAAAUGUCUUUCAUAUUAGGAAUGAUUUCAGACUUUUUCCUAUUAAAUCAAAAAUAGCCCCCCAGCUUUCUUUCUCUCUCUCCACAUUUCUUCUUUGCUUUUAGUAUUAGGCAAUUGCUUUCCCAAGAUUUUCCUUUUUCUUUUACUUCUCCACAGGAAAAGAGAUUCUCUCAAACCACUGCUGCGUGUAUUUCAGGCAAUAUACCUUGUUUAAGCUCCUUAAAGAAAGCUUUUUUACCAUACGGAAUCGUAUUCGCUUUGUGGAGUAUCAGUAUGUGAACUUGGGAGAGAAAAAGUAAAAAGCUGCUUGGAGAAAAUCAUAGCAGUAUUUCAAGAAAAGCCCUGUUGAUGGGCCUUGUAGCUAUCUAUUUCUUAGUUUUUUUCCAGGGAAGUAUUUCUUGAAAAGUUUUUUCCUUUCUGUCUAAUGCGCUUUUGUGUGCAGUGCAUUCACAAAUGUGAGGGACACUUUUUCUGAAAGCAAAAGAAAAAAAAAAUGGGAUCUUUCAGUGGUUUGGGUAUUGGUUUGAGUUUUGUUUUUGGUUGCAUCUUGAUGGGGCUAGUGGGGGAGCUCUACUAUUUCCUGUGGUGGAAGAAGAGAGUGGGCUAUACAAGCAGCACCAGAGAAAUUGAGGACUUCUCUUUUCUCUUUUGCUGGAAAAGGCCCAGCAGCACUUCUUUCAACAGUGCAGGCAGCACUCAAGAACUCACCAACUCAGUGAGAAACCCUCAAGAACAAGAGGAUUUGGAGAUGGGCUCAACCAAAGAUUUGGAGCUCAAGGGGUACGGCGAGCAAGGGGUGGAGACGGAGUUGAUGAGAAUGCACAAUCUUUGUGGGCCUCCAAGAUUUCUCUUUACAAUUAAAGAGGAGAACAAGGAGGAUUUGGAGUCUGAAGAUGGGAAAUCAAGAAAAGGGUCAAGAACAAAGAGUUUGAGUGACCUUGUUUUCCCUGUCGACGGCACUCCUUUUCUCACCCCUUUGUCUUCACCAACUGUUAAGGCUUCAAACCCUUUGGAUUCUUAUUGUUACAGUAAUCAUGGACUGAACCCCCUGUUCGAGUCCCUGACAGAGGCAGAAAUCAACAGGCUGAGAUCUUCGCCACCUCCCAAGUUCAAGUUCUUGAAGGCUGCUGAGGAUAAGCUAAUCAGGAGGUUGGUAAUGGAGGAAGCUGAGAGGAAAAGGGGCGUCAAGAUUGAAGGGUCAGUUCAAGAUUCUGCUGCCACUGCCAGAGAUACUCAACAGAAUUCAAGAAUGGAUUCUCAAGAAGAAGAAGAAGAAGAAUAUGUUUCGUUUGUUAAAUUCAGUAAGCAAAGCAAGGCAACAUUGAAAGCAGUUGUUGACAAGACAUCAUCCUGUGUGCAGUAGAUCUUUCCUUGAAUGUGUGUGUGGUCUGUCUAGGUUGUUUCCUAUUCUUUUGUUGUUCAGUUUUUCUGUAUAUGUUCAUUGGAAUCAGAGAUCAUAUUAUUAUUAUUAUUAUUAUUAGAUCUGUAUUUUGAUUCUUGUAGCCCAGGCAUCUACCAACGAUUCUUAGAGAGCACAGGAAUCAUUUCAGCCCUCUGUCUGUCUGUGGGCGGUUUUGUAUUUGGUGAUUAUUACAUCUGAGUAAUUAGAUGAUUGGGUUAUUUGCAAUCAUCUCCGUGAA